GUGAAUAGGGCAAUAUCCAAAAUUCGCCAUUUUUACUUUAGUGAAGGGAGAUUUUAUAUUUGUCAGGCUGGAGGACGAAGAUUAUUUUGAAAAAAGUGUGUCAUUAUAUUUAAUUUAAAGUAGAAGAGACUAUUAUUUGAAGUUUUUUUUAGUAUAAUAGUGUGGUUUUAUUUCUUACUAACGUUUGUAUGUAGUGCUACUUCCCGUCGUAAGGUUGCUCGUUGGUGUGUCGCUUUAGCUAAUUCGAUGGCUAUGAUAUUGAAAUUGUAAUAUAUCGUGUCUUUUUGACGUUCUCCGUACGAGAUACAAUCGAAAAACGAGGCGACGCCGUUAGAAAUGAGCAGGCCUCAAGGCGGACGCAUACAAGUCCCGGAUGACCUUAGAGAGAUUUUAUUGGAGUUCACAAUAAGUUACCUUCUGGAGCAGCCAGGGGACGUUAUCAACUACGCGGUCGAGUUCUUCACGAGGUUACAGAACAACAGGACGACCACCAUAGUGCGGGGCCCUAUCGCCGGCACGCCCGAUGAGUCCAUAAUAUCAGACGAAGAAGAGCCGCCAGUGGCGCGCUUCAACAAUCGGCGCAAGUCAGUGUUCGCGGAGACAUACGACCCAGAAGAGGAUGACUCGGACGAGGGUGCUCCAGCCGUGUUCCCCAAGUCAGACGCCCAGCGCUCUCGGUUGGCGGAGGCCGUGCGCGGGAUCCUGCUCUUCCGUUCGCUGGACGCCCAGCAGAUGCAGCAGGUUCUCGACGCAAUGUUUGAGAAACGUACGGAGCCGGGCGAGUACCUAAUCCGGCAGGGCGACGACGGCGACAACUUCUAUGUCAUCGAGAACGGCGUUUUCGACGUGCUUGUCACCGGCGACGACCGUGUCGAGAAGGUGGUGCACACAUACGAAGGCUCGGGCUCGUUUGGCGAGCUGGCCCUCAUGUACAACAUGCCCCGGGCGGCCUCUGUUCGCGCCCAGACCCCGGGUGCGCUGUGGGCCAUGGACCGCCACACCUUCCGCCGCAUUCUGCUCAAGAGCGCCUUCAAGAAGCGCAAGCUGUAUGAGGAGCUGCUCGACAAAGUGCCCAUGCUGAAGGCCCUGCAGGCGUACGAGCGCGCCAACUUGGCCGACGCACUGUUGCCCCGCUCGCUCAACGACGGCGAGUUGAUCAUCCGCCAGGGCGACACUGCGGACGGCAUGUACUUCGUUGAGGACGGCUCCGUCAGCAUCCGCAUCGCGCGCGACGACGGCAACGAGCACGAGGUCAAGCGGCUCGGAAAAGGUGGAUAUUUCGGCGAACUUGCUCUGGUCACCCACAAGCCUCGCGCCGCAUCCGCAUACGCUGUCGGCCCCACCAAGGUGGCAUUCUUGGACGUGGAGACGUUCGAACGCCUGCUGGGGCCGUGCAUGGAGAUCAUGAAGCGCAACAUCGACGACUACGAGGAGCAGCUGGUCAAGCUGUUCGGCGACAAGUCCAACCUCACCGACGUGCGAUGAACAAGCUACGACGACCGCCCCCCACCACCCCACCUUCCGCACCACGUAAUCUACCUAGCUUCUGUUCUGGCGGGGGAGAUUAUGCUGUUUGUAAUUUUUUUAAUUUUUCAAAUUUUUGGUCUUUCUCUCAGCUGGCUAAAAUCAUGAUUGUGAUAAAGAAAAAGUUUUUUUUUCUCAGAUUGUGCUGGUUAAUAAUUGUGAUUUCUGAUUUUAAGUUCAGGGUGAUUUGUUGCAAAAAAAUAUAUAAUUCGUUUAUUUUUUUACUGUCAGACGGGAUUAUGCUGUUUUUGUCUUUAUUUUUUUGACAAUUGUCAACUUCCAAAAUUUGUAAGGAAAUCUUCGUUUUGUUGGGUUAUAAAUUAGGAUGUUGCGAAAAAUGCCGUAAUUUAGAUAAGUAUUACGUCGCAAUAAUUUGAGAGUUACAAAAUUAUAAUUAAAUCAAUAAUGCAAAAAUAUAUUUAAACCUCUAUAAAAAUAAAAUAUCUUUUUUUUUCAAGUCGGUUAAUAAUGAUAAAUUUAUAUUGCACUUUGCACAAUUAGUACAAAGAUCUAUUGGCUCUGAAAUGAAAACAAAACUAAAUUAAAAUCAGUCUACAGUUACAUAAAAUGAAAUUUCUGUGUCAAGUGUUAAAUGUCAAAAGAUCCUUGUACAAUUGUUAGAAACAUAAAAUAAAAACAUGAAUUGGUCUUUUUUGGUUUUAAAAGAGCGCGGGCGCCAGGGUACAGAUCAAAAUAUUUAUCUUUGCCCAAAACCUAUGACCACAUUCAAAUAUUUAAAAAAAAACUCUAAAAUUAUUAGAGUAAUAAAUUCAGCAUAAUCUCUUAUUCGACCAAAGUCUGUUUUAUGCUCAAGCGCUUACUAAGUCGCUAUUUAUGCUAAAUUAACAGCUACUAAUGUUUGAAUAAAAACUAUAGAGCGAUUGAUAUGCCCCCUACUCAUGCCCCUACGUAGUAUAUUGUUGUGAAAAAAAUCUAUGUUGACAUUUUUCAUGCAUUGGUUGAUCUACUUUACGAAAAUUCAAUACCUGGAAAUAUCUUCACAUUUUUUUUGUUACUUACAACAUUAUACAUAGAAGCAGAGAUGGGCUUACGCCCAAGCACAACUAUUUUAAUAUCGUAUCAGUCGGGCGUAAGUUUUUAUGCUCGGGCAAGAACGUUUACGCUCAUCUCUGCUUCAUCAUCUAGUCGUAGCGAUUUAUUGGAAAAGUUUGAACAAUUUAUCAAAUAUACACUUAAUAUAUCUAUUACGUGUGGAAUUAGCACUAUCAGACUGGUAUUAAAUCGCUAUGAUAUAGUGUGUAGUUGGCAUAAAACAGUGCCAUGUCGAUAAAAUUAUUUGUCACAUAAUUUAUAUUAGUGUAAAUUCAGAUUACGAGUUAAUGGAAGGCGGAAUUAUAUCGAACGCUCAAUAUUGUUGCAUUCGGACGGAGAUACGCUUAUUUUAGAUAGAGAUAAAUGCCUUAGUAGCUAUGUAAAUAUAAGGACCGAUCGGGGACCGGGUAGGAAAUAAAACUGACGUUAUGCUCGUUUGACGUGCCAUAUACGAUGUUAAUUAUGGGGUACACCUCGUGUGCCGAAACAUCAUGUCGUGCUUGUAACGCGCUCAUAUAAUUAUUGCCUAUGAUCUCGCAAAACAACGAUUUCAGCUUCGUCUAGUUUUGUUUUCUACGGCCUUAAAGAUAACGCAAUGACGGUGAUUUGGUCGUGACCGAAAAGGCAUCAGUCUUACAUUUUACCUAAAAGAUGUUAAGUAAAUGUUUAAAUGCAACAGUAUAGAGCGCAUGCGCACUUCGAGAGGUGUUCGCAGAAUACUGUCGAAACUUCUUAAAAUUUUAAGAUAUUUUCAUUGACACAGGCUCUUUGGAUGAUACGAAAUAUUUAUAUACCUUGUAGGUAAAAGUAGAGUUAUUAUUUUCGUGAUUAGAUUAAAUCUAUUCACUUGCAUAUUUUAAUUAAUUUAUUUUUAACACGUUUAAUAACGAUGUAUGUAUAUGGGUAUACAAUAUACGGAACGGAUAGAAUGCCAAAUUAUACGAUAGUUACACUAUGUAAUACGCCAUGUACUAUGUAAAACGCUUAAAGGACGUUGCGAAUUUACAUGUCACUGUCACAUCGUGCGCGAGAGUCGGGAACGCCCAUGUUCCAUGUCGUUAUAGUUCAUACCUAUUUAUUAUUUAUAUAUAUUUUAGUUUCUGAAUUUUAAUUUAUAAAAUAUGGAUGUUUCGUAGUGAAUUUGUUACAGAGAGGAAUUAUUUUUGUGUUAUAUUUUAAUUAUUUUACGGUUAAAUACUUCUGUUGUAGAGAGUUCCUAUCGUUUUGUUUGCUCUUUAACGUUUUACAUACUUAAUAGAUCUGAGUGUGUUGGGAUUUGAUAUAUAUGGUUUAUUGAACACAUUGACUCCUAUGAACAAAUUACACGACUGUUAUUUAUCUGUGCUGUAGCCGAGUAAACAAACUGUUUAGUUGAGGAGGCGCGGGGUCCGAGCGACACUCGUGCGACCCUCAGGUAGAAGCCCAGUAUUAUUUAAAUUAGAAAAUUCUACAACCUUUAUUUGUGAAUCCAGCCAAAGUAGGUGAAUGCGUAAAAUAUCAUGUGUAGCGCUAAAUAUUUAAGUCUAUUUACUAUGUAGUAGUUAGUUUUUGUCAUUUCUUAUUGUAAUUUAAAUAUUAGUAGAUUAGGAAAUUUUAAUGGAGUAUAGUCAAAUCCUGAGGGUGUGGUGUAUUGAUUUUGACGCCAUGUACAAAAUUGUACAAAUUUAUUUCAGCUGCCAUAGAAGAGGUUUUAAUUUAAUUAAACCAUUAACUGAAUUGUAUGUUACUACUAAUAAUAAUAAUAAUUUGUCUACAAGUGCGAUGUCGCUUGCCGUUGCGGACUGAUAAGACGUUAAUGUAAUUCGGCCUUCGCUUUGCUGCUUUCGUUUGAUUACUGCCAGACUUCAGUUCAACGUGGCUGAUACAUUCCUGUCACUGGUUGACAAUUUUAUCGAUGAAUUUAUGUAUGAAAUAUUGUUUUGUCUUCGUCCUCCCAUCGCUCGCCGAUGGCUCUCACUUCAAGUGCCUAUUUCAUACAAGAUCAUUCAAACGCCGACUUGACACUUUCUCACUAACAUUUGUAAAGUUAAUCUCGUGUUAAUUAACUUCUUGAACUGCCUUUUCUAUUCGUGAAAUUGUGAAAUGUGUUGUGAAGUUUGUGUAUUUAGUGCAGCAGGCAGACGGAAACGACCGGCAGAUUUUUUCACCUAAAUGUCAAUGUCUAAAUAAACUGUUUCGCAUAAUGUCAAAAACGCAAUGCCUCUAGUUCUCCAAUUACGAAUACAAAUUGGAUACGCUUAUAUACUAUUUCCCAUUUUCGAAAAUUUAAAUUGAAGGUAUGUAGAUUUGUUCGAGGACGCCUGAGUUUUUUCGUAUUUGACAUUUUGCGCACCAUCUUUUUAUAAUUACAUUUGUAUUCAAAUUUAUUAUUCUGAAUUAGAAAUAAAUCAUUUAGUGUAUUGGAAAUUAUUCCAAUAAUAUAAGCUAAAUGUCUGUAAAGGAUAGUCUGGUUCAGCUGUCGAGCACACUGCACUGGUUGCUGCUUUCAAGUGUGUGGGUCGAGGUUUUCCCUUCUAUGAUACAUAUAGGUAUUGAUAUUCCGGUGUAUAACGUUUGUUUACAUUGUACAGGUGGCGUCUCGUGUCCGCCGUACUUGUCUGUGUGUCCCCCGUGUCCUGAUCCAGUAGAUGAAUAGAUCGUGCAAUAACUUAUAACUGUCAUUUAUAAAUGUUGUUUACAUCAAUAUCAUGUGUUAAAUUUUGUCAGUGUGGAAUUUAUUUAUAGAUUUUAAUAAAAUCAUAGUGUAAGGUUCUUUGUACUGAUGUUUCGACGUGUGCGGUUCGAGCGUCAGUAUAUUAGAUAUGGCUAAUUCAAUACUACCCGUGUAUAUUCAGUUUUAAUUAUAAAUUAUUCAUGAAUAAUCGCAAUACCUUUAUUGUUAGAAGCACAAAUGUUUAGAUGCGUGAGUCGUAGUCUGUCUUCCAUGGGACGCACAGGACCGCUCGCUCAGUGCAUUCUCUGGCAUACUGAUGUAAAAUUGAAAUUUAUUACGCUUAAUCGUAGCGUAAUUUUUUAUAAAUUAUACUAGUCAUUGGUGUCUAACGUAGAUUUGUAAUCUGACAGCACAUUGGACUGGAAUGAAUUGCUCCGUAUUCACGUCAUUUAGCUGUAAGUCAUUCUGUCCCACGACGAGCAUAUCAGCGGAGCCCUACCGCGGCCAUUUCUAACAUUAUAUUGCACCACAUGUGUACAUCCGGUAGCCAGUUGAAAACUAGUACCGCUUUUUCCACGUCAUGAGCUUACCCUGUACAUUUAUAAAAAUUAUGUAUCGUAAAAUGUUAGAAAACUGAAUUAUAUUUGUUUGUAGAUCUAAAA